UGCCCGUUUACCUUACCUUAACGUUAAGGGACCCUCGAACAUCUGAGACAGCCUCCCUCCCUGAUUAGAUCGUCUUUUGAAUUUGAACUUCCUGCAUCAUCUUUUCCUCCCAAAAUCUCGAUGCUCAGCGCAUCAUUGUAUUGAUUAGGCGCUUGCGCUUUUUGUUGAACCUAUCCUCCGUCUGUACCCAACCAGGCGCUGCGUCGGGCGCGUCAUCAUGGCUUCCCUCCUGUCCGCCAUGCGACAAUGGCCGAUGGUGCUGCUGCUUGGUCUAGGGCCAGCCACACUUGUCGCUGGCAAGUCGGCAGCUGACUACUUUGUCACUGACCUUCCUGGUGUCCCUCAAGAUGCUGAGCCGAUCAAAAUGCACGCUGGGCACAUCGAAGUCACCGAGGAGCACAACGGCAACCUCUUCUUCUGGCAUUUCCAGAACCAACACAUUGCGAACAAGCAACGCACUGUCAUAUGGAUCAACGGUGGUCCUGGGUGUAGUUCUGAGGAUGGCGCCCUCAUGGAAGUUGGGCCAUACCGAGUAAAUGAGGACGGCACGUUGAGACUCAACGAAGGGUCGUGGAACGAAUUUGCGAACCUUUUGUUCGUCGACAAUCCCGUCGGGACAGGUUUCAGCUAUGUCGACACCGAUAGCUACAUCCACGAGCUUGACGAGAUGGCCGACAAUUUCGUGACAUUCCUCGAGAAAUUCUUCGAGAUGUUUCCACACUUUGCGCAGGACGAUAUCUACAUCGCAGGCGAGUCCUAUGCCGGCCAGCACAUCCCUUAUAUCGCACGCGGAAUCCUCGACCGGAACAGAAAUGGAAAAGACGCGUGGAAUUUGGCGGGACUGCUUAUCGGAAACGGUUGGAUCUCGCCAUAUGAUCAGUACGAUUCCUACACAAAGUUUGCCCGUCAGAAAGGCCUCCUUGAGAAGGGCUCCGCCGACGACAAGAAGCUCGAGGAAAUGUUGCAGACUUGUCAUAAAAUUGUGAGCGACAAACCUGGCCACGUCGACUAUGGCGAAUGUGAGGACAUUCUCUCGAAGUUGCUCAAGUAUCUGAAGGAGGGAGACGGCGACAAUGCCUGUAUCAACAUGUACGAUGUUCGAUUGCGGGACUCAUACCCGAGCUGCGGAAUGAACUGGCCGCCAGACCUCAAGCAGAUGACACCAUACCUGAGGAAGAAAGAGGUUCUGCAAGCCCUCCAUGUCAACGAGCAGCGCAAUGCCGGAUGGCAGGAAUGCAAUGGAGCUGUGAGCUCAUCCUUCAGGGCACAAAAGUCAAAGCCCGCCAUAGACCUGCUCCCGGACCUCAUCGCAGAGGUACCCACCCUUCUCUUCUCGGGGGCCGAGGAUCUCAUUUGCAACCACAUUGGCACAGAGGACAUGAUCAGCAACAUGGAAUGGAACGGCGGCAAGGGCUUCGAAACAAGCGCUGGCAAUUGGGCACCUCGACGCAACUGGACCUUUGAGGGGGAUGAUGCAGGUUUCUGGCAAGAAGCCCGUAACCUGACCUAUGUGCUCUUCAAGGAUGCAUCUCACAUGGUCCCUUUCGACUACCCUCGUCGUUCCCGAGACAUGCUUGAUCGAUUCAUGGGCAUCGAUGUCAGCAGUAUCGGCGGAAAGCCGGUCGACAGCCUGAUCGAUGGCGAGAAGGGCCCCAAUACGGCCGUUGGCGAUUCCGAUGGGAGCCACGCUGAUGAAGAUUCCGACGAGGUGCAGAAAGCAAAGUGGCAGGCUUAUAGGAGGUCUGGCGGAGUCGUUCUUGUGAUUGUCAUCAUCGCGGCCUCCGCUUGGGGAUACUUCGUCUGGAGUGAACGCCGCAAGCGUGCUGCGUACCACGCUGUCGAUGGAGAGCCAAGUACCCUGGAAGGGUUUCGCAGGAAGCCAGGUGACGGCGACCUGGAAGCUGCGGCAUUCGAUGAUGGUGAGUUGGAUGACUUACACACUGAUGCGCCCUCUGGACACAACGGCAGCAAAUACAGCAUCGGCGACGAUAGCGACGACGAGGAAGGUGGCAAAUCAGCUGUAGCGAAGGAUUCGGGCAGAGCCUGAGAGGCACGAACCACGCAACCUUUGAGGGAUUUUGGAAUGCGAUUAGGUACAUGACUAUGGAGCGUUCGCUGCGUCGGAAAUGACAGGAAUUGAUCAAAGUGCCGCCGCACUUCAAGUUGGCAAUUAUUUAUCGUUCUCUCGCUGUCUCGGGCUGACUUGAGUGGACGUUUUCUUGCCAGGCGGCUGCUGCCCCACGUCAUGUGUUUAUAUGUUUCCGCCCCUUUUCCAUCACCAUAGUGUCGCGAGCUCGUGAAAACCAGCCAGAUUUCUGCCACCCGUCCAGCAAGAAGAACGAUUGAAUCUGUCUGUAAUCUUUAUAUAGGAUGCAUUGCAGUGAUUUAUCCUGGUUCGAUUUGAAGUCGCAU